AUGCUCUAAAAUAUAGCUCAAAAAAGAGAAAAGUUUAUUAUUGGACUUAAGAAAAAAGCAAGAGAGGAGACAUUCAGAAAAAAUCGAUUCCCAUAAUCGAAAAAUGUAAUUCCAUUUUCUUCUAAUGAUAAUAUAUUUUAAUAAUCGUAUUACGAGGCAUUUGAAAAAGGCAACUAGUAGGUAAUUAAAUCAAUAUUAUAGAAGAAAUUUAACUUUAUGAAUGAUGAUCUCGAAAUAGGAGAAACAAUAACAGACUGCAUUUUCAAGGUUUAAUAAUUAAACAAUUAUUACAACGAAUAUGAUUGUGAACCUGACUAUGAUACUACCAAAGAUGUUGAACGAAUAUUCAAGAUAUUCAAUGCAGGCUAUCCUCAAAUAGAUGUAGAUAUACAUAUUAUUUUCAGAAAUCUUGCUUGCAUAUAUUAUUGGCAAUCUCAGCAGGAAAUCAUCAGCAAGUUCAACCUAUUCAUGAAUACGUACAAUAGCUGGCAGACUAUUACAAUUCCACCUACUAUACAGAAUUACAAUAGUACAUUUUGGAUAUUUUUGCAAAUAUAGCAUGUGAUUGCUAUCAAUGUCGAGACUUGAUUUUAGUGCUAGAAGUUCCAAAACAUUUAUGGUACAAUAUAUUAUAAAUUGAAGGAAAUACACACUCUAAUGCAAACAGAAAUGUCUUUUUGAUGACUUUUAUUCUAUGAUUAUAAAUUUGGAUAGAAUGAAACCAGAAAUUAAUAAAUUUAAAUUAAUCUAGUUACAUUAAAUAUUAUAAGAUCUCUACAUCUAGCUAUAUAAUGCUGAGGAAAAGAAGUAGAUUCUAAAAAUUAUGAACAGAAUUUAUUCUUAUGAUAAAUCAAAAUUAGAUUUGAGUUUUCUGAAUUAUUUAUUAAAAGGGGAUUAUGAGAAUAUGUAACUAUGUGGAGAAAUAUUUAAAUACUUUUAAUAUGUAUCAUUAUUAGGUAAUCUAUUUAUUAAUAUAAUAGAUAAUGAAAUUACUUUAAAUUUUCAAUCUCAGAUGGCUCAUACUAUAAUAAAAACAAUAAACAAAUAUAUGGAAUAAGACAAUAUUGCAAGAACAGAAUUAAAACCUUUAGUCAAAAAAGGAUUUGUGACAUUGAGUAACUUUAUUACAGAUGAUCCGCAAAAUGUCAAUGAAUUUUGGGAAGAUGUACUCCCUUAUGCAUAAAACAUCCCUUCAUUAUUUUUAGAGGUGGAUGACUUUUUUUUGUUUCUCCACAAUCUAAUCAAAUUUUCAAAGGAUGAAGAUGUUAUUAAACUAAACAAAGACUAUAAAUUAAUUAAGUAAAUAGCUUAAGAAUUAAAUGACUAUUGCGAAGAAAAAGAUAGUCAAUUUUUAUUCAAUAUUCUUUCCAUUUUAUACAGGCUUUUAAAUAUAGAUGAUACUAAUGUGAAAAUAUUUAAUGAAGAAGAUUGUGAAUCCAGAAUUUUAUAUGUUCAAAAAAUGAAUAUUUCAGAUGAAAAUUAUGAAUUAACCAAUAUGAUUUUAGAUAGGCUUGAUUAAUGA